UAUUACUUUUAGUAGUUUAAUAUAAUGCCUGAGGUAUAGAUGGGUAAUGCUUGUUGCUAGGCCUUCUUGAAUAAAUAAUAUUUUCACUAUCAAGUGAAAAAAAGCGAAUAUCAUUUGGCUUGACUCAUUAAUUAGUUUUUCAGUAAAAAAAGGCAAACUUCUCACUUACUUGCGGUAUUGUGUAUUAAUUAUACUGAAUGGUUCAAUUUUAUAAGGGAAAAGCACAGAGGUACGAGGUAAUCCAGAGGCGGUAUCGCCAUUGUCUGUUAUUUUUCUAUUCAGAUUAACUGUCGAAUAUAUCCAAACGUAUGCAUAUGUCCGAGAAGUAGAUAGGAGUAUAUUUGGACGAUUUUUUGUUUUUAAAUUCGAUAUAAUUUUUUGUAUCAUAUAGAAGGUGUAACAAAAAUGGUGGGGAUAUGUUUAAAGGCAUAUUAGGUAUCGUGUUCCGAUUAGGAAAAAGCAGAAGAGAUAUUUUUUCACACGAAAAAUUUUUUUAUGGGGCAGAUUGUCCUAGUCAGUCAAACCUCCAUUCAAACACCAAACUUUUUUUUUAAUCUACUUUUGUCUAAUCAGAACACGAUACUGAUUGUGUCCUGAAAUGGAUCCCCGCUAUUUUUUUACACCUUGUACAAAAUAAUAAUUUAAUUUAUAUUAUUUGUUUUAAGGUCAAGCAAUAUUACUGUAAAUACGGUUGAUGUCAAACUACUCUCUAUUAUUAACACUUCAGUCUUUUAUUUCACCAUUGCUCUCUCCUACGUAUUUUUUUUCCAAAAGUUUAAUUUCCUUUUGUAAUACCUGUAAACGUGUAUGUGCACUAAAUAGAGAGCACUAAACUGGUGCAUAUUUACAACAUUGCAAUGACAUUGAAAUUACAAUGAAAUGAUAUACGCAGAGUGCACAAAAACACUCUUCUAACAAGCAAAAUGCGUGACAAAUAACAAUAAUCUUCUUUCUAGACGCACAUCGCUUAAUUUUCACUGCUCUAAGGGUAGCUAAUCACCAAGUAAUAAAAGGACUUAAACUUUGUUUAUCGGUAAUUAUGAUGUGAAUGUUGACACCUGCAAUUUCACCAUAUUUUGUAACAUAUAAGUAAUAACUUAUUUAGUACUAAGUUAAAGUAAUAAAGUAAUAAUAGGUAUCAGCAGUAACUUUUUCUGCUGGGAAUGCCUAGUGGUACCAGUUUGCGGUGAAACAUAAACUGUAGUAGUUCUGUAGCAGUAUGGAUCUGCUCCGUCGAAUUAAGAAGCGGCUAACUGAGAACAGCUUUGAUAACCUGCUGUGGCUUGUUAUGGUCGGGCCCAGUUUGGUUGGAUAUCAGAUCACGAGGAAAAAGAUAUUCGUCCCUUUCUGGAUCAUCCACCUUUCGCUGCUGGCCUACGUGUACGGCGUGGGUACUGUGGUGUACCAGGCCAAGCACGCGCAAGUGGCCAGCGACUUCAUCAAGAGUUACGUCAAUGUCUCCCUCUUAGUACUUAUAGUGAAUAACAGUUACUGGUGGAUAAAGAAAAGAGAUCUAUUAAGAAGUGUACUAAAAAAAGCUAAAGAGAGUGACACCAGCACGAUACAAGCCGGACUAUUCGUCGACAAGUACGACCGCUCCUUGUCCAUGAUCAAGCGCAUUUUGCUCGUUUUCUACACCGUCAAUACAAUCAACGAGUUUACAACAUAUUUGCCCAAACGCGCUGAUUUGAACGAAAAUACCUUCUCAAUGACACCCUGUGUUGGGAUCGAACCACUGACGUCGUCUCCGCAACGCGAAAUCUGCAUAGCACUGGCAUCCAUUCAAGAGAUAACCAUUCUCAACACUACACACAGUUUCCAAUCAAUGAUGCUGCUUCUCAUAGCGCAUACUUCUGUCAUGUAUCGACUGCUUUCCGACGAAAUCACGACGUUCAAUACGCUGCUUACCGAUCCAAGAAACUACGAUUUCGUGAAAGGAAGACUGCCCGUCAUUAUAUAUCGUCACGUUCUUAUUUUAGACAUAAUAAAAGACCUCAGAGCUUUAUACAGUAUACCGAUGGGAAUUAAUUUUGGUUCGAAUGCAGUGUGCAUGUGCUUUUUUUUCUUCUUGGAACCUGCAGAAUAUUUAAGUUUUAUGCCGAUAGUUGUGUAUUGUUUCAUUGUAUUCUUCUUGUACUGUUUUCUUGGGCAGAGGCUGACGAAUGCCGCAGAGAUGUUCUCUCAGGCAGUGUACAACAGUGGCUGGGAGAUGAUGCGUAUAAAGGAACGGAGGGCAAUCGUCUCUAUGCUGCUGCAGUCUCAGAAAGAGGUCGAUUUGCUUGCAGCUGAUAUAAUCCCUGUCAACAUGAGUACAUUUGCAACCACAUGCCAGGGCAUAUAUAAAUUUGCUACUGUUUUCAAAUUGCAAAGAAACUAGACGUUUCCAAUAUGUCUGUAGUAUCUGACCGUGAUUGUUUAUGUAAUGUUUUAAGCUGCUAGAGAGUUUAGUAGUAUUAAACCUAUUAAAUAUAGUUUGCCUAAUAAAUUAAAUGAUAGCGAAGAAAAUAAUUGUUUUAUUUCCAAAAAGGUUACAAUUACGCUACGAGCAUACAUAUCACAAGCCGAGAACUACUUAAAUAUAAUUGUCUAAUACAACUAAGUUUGAAAACUUCGAUAUCGGUGACAAGGUAAGUUUAAGCUACGUGGGACACAAAGUAGUUGGCUACAAGACUUCCGAGCAUCCAUAUGCUGCAUUGGUUGCUUACCUCCCGCCGGGCGGUACGCUUACUUAUCACCGUUUUAAUGUAUUAAUAAAUGAUUGUGGUAAAGGGCCAUUGGCCCUAAAGUAAAUUUUCUUCUUAUUUGUACCUACCAAAUCAACCAAAUACUCCAAACCAAAUACGAAAUACGAAUCCAUGAAUUUUCAUCAAGAAACAUAAAUUACAACAUUUUUAAUAUUGCCUUAACUUCAUAAAAUACCUUACUCGAAUAAACACAACGGAUAGCAUCUUUUAAUAGAACAAGGGAACCUUUCACUUUAAUAACGAAUCGUACUUCCAUUUUUCUUUUAAUUGCUAAUAAUGCGAAAUAGCAAAUAGCAAAGUUGAUUAGUUCAAUUGAAAAUCUCAAUAGUCUCGCAAAGAAGGUUAGUGGUAGUAGUCUUAAAUAUAAAUGUACUUCUGUGCAGAACAAGAACACAGACUCAAAGUAAGAAGAACUUUAAUUCGAAUGAAGCCAGUGCAGGGGGCCUCGCUAAGUGACAAUCAUUGUGACUGCAGCCGGCAAAACGUCUCACUUUGUAGCUUGUCAUAAGGACGAGAUUUGCUCGUAUCUUUAUACGAAUAACCUGUUAAGGCGUCCUUUUGUCACAUUUAUAGAAAACGCCAAUCAAUACUUUAAUAGUGUAUUUAUGGAAAUGAUCACGUCAGUUUUCUCAUCUGUCAUCCCAAUGCGUUAUUAUUUUUGAUUGGCUUUUGUCUAUAAACAAUUGUCCUAGGUUUUUAUAUUCAUUAAAUUUUGACUACAGUUAGUACUUGUCCUCAUAUAUUUGUCAAUUGGGCUAAUUAAACAUCCGGUAAAAUAAAAAAAAUUAAUAGUCAUUCUGAGUACAAAUUAGUACUGAAAAGUAAGUAAAGUAACUUACCAAUGUAAUUUCAUUGAUUCAUAAUAUAAUUUAGCCAAAUUACUUGGCGGUGAUCAUUUGGCCUAAACAGUACCAUAUUAUUAUGCUCUUCCGCAGUCUUGACCUGUGAAUUUUGACACCUACCUACUUUAUAAUAUGCUAUGAUUAAUUUCAUUUAAAAUUGUAUUGAAAUGGUAGUUAUCAGGAUUUACUAUUUCUGCCGAGAACCGUAAUUUUGAUUUAUAAUAGUGAUAAAGA